AUGGAUCGGUCCCCGUCGACGAAAAGCCAGACGGAGAUGCCACGCGGCACCACCUCUGCCGUCAGUGGCUCACUCAGCAGCAGUAGCAGCAACGGCGGGGGUGGCGGCCGCAGGCAUCCACAUGGUCUCGACAGCCACAGACACCGUGGAGCAGCGCCGGGGAGUGCAGAGCUCCAGAGUGGCUACGCGUACCCUCCCGCCGCCAGCGUGCGGAGCGAGGAGAGUUUCAGCUGCCCCUCAGAAGCGGUGGGGUCCCUUGAGCAUCACUACGCCAUAACGGUACAGCAGCUAGAAAGGAUAACGCACAUGUAUCACCGCCUUGACACACAUAACGGUGAAUUGGAGGAAGCCUUUGUUGUACUUCGCACUCGUCUCGAAUCCUUCCGCUCCUUUUUAGUCUUCCGACUCCGUAAGACUGCGGAUGAGGUGCGUUCCGAGGUGCGUCUCCUGCGUGACACUGUGGCCUUUCUCAUGCAGGACUUUGCCGCGGACAUGCAGUACUGCCAGCAGAUCAUAUUAAGCCGUCUCCAUAACGAAGGUAAACUGCUGCCACUUCCGCCCCCGUUUGGGUCGAUUCAUUUCCUUCCUGGAGGUCAUGUGAAUGCGGUGGGAGGGGUCUCAAAUAGCGGGCUGCCGCCGCGGUCGCCACGUCAACAGCGACAGGAUGAAGUGUACAUUGUGAACGAUUCGGCGGCACAGCGGCGUCAGGGAUUCAUUGACACGCCACGCCCAUCAUCGUCCUCGCCGUCUGCGCCACGACCGAGCGAGAUGGACGGGCUCCGAGAGGCGCUCGACGAGGCGCUUCGGCAACGCGCGGUGCUGGAGCGAAAACUGCACGAGCAGCGGGAAAGCCACGAGAAGCAUGUGCGCAGCAUGAGGGACCUGUACGCACAGAAGGAGUGCACGUGGCAGCGACGAAUGGAGCUGCUCGAACGACUCAUACGGCGUGACACUGGUGAUGCGCCGCAUUUCUUUGACGAUCACGACGGUGAAUACGACAAGAGUAAAAACACCCAAGACGGCAGCGACGACGGCUUGCGGCAUUCAUCCCCUGGUCGCCGCAGAGAGGCACAAGCGCCCCACCAUCGUGCCACUACCAACGCGUGGGUGAGCACGAGUGGCGCGUUCACCAAGCCGUCUGGUCGCGGCCGCCCGUUGACGGAGCGCGGCGCCCCCGACGACGCGACGGACCGCGAUGACGCGUCGUCGCGGAAUGCACCGAGCACCAGCGAGCACGGGAGUUGGGCGUCCGAGGAAGGAGGCGCAGGUGAUGGCGGGGCGCAACCGGGCCGCCACCACGACCAGCGCCACCGGCUUCUGAUGUCUGACGAGUGGGGGCAUGGCACAACGGCGUCCCUCACGAUGCACGACGAACUGGAGCGUCGUGUGCGGUCGCAGCUGGUGCGUGGGCGGCGACAGUCCGCGCAGCACCCCAGGGAAUUCAACCUCCGCCCCGAUCCCACCACGCGGCGGGAGGAAAGACUACUAGAGGCAGCUGCCUGUCGUUUGCUCAAUGUCGUUGGUGACGCGUACGCGACGCAAGAGAAGCGGCAGAAGCCGGAGCGCUCCCACGCAAGGAGCUCGUCUGGAACGGAUGUGGUGGAAAGGCUGUACUAUCUGCCGCGAUCGCCAGCACGGCGGCCGGAGACAAACACAUAUCUUGCUCCCGUCCCCAAAAGUGGCGCAGCGCCCCGUCCUGGCGCCAUCUCCGAGGUGUCCACAGUGGCGCGUGGGCUGUGGGCGGAGAAGUUGUUGCAGCAGCGAUCUGCGCGGCGGCCCCGGUAG